AAUCAGAUUCUGCUGAUAAUGUAGAACCAAAUGAUAUCGUUAAAGAUAUGAUGAUGAGAGUGAUUGACUUAUAGAAAAUGAAACGCUCAAUACCCUCGCAAGCCAUGUGUCCUCUCUCGCCUCUCAGCAUCUCCGAUUCAUCCCCACCCCCUCCUCUGAUCAUCGGAAACUGCUCUUGGUCUCCACCAAGACACCUUCGGAGUUCCGGAAGAAUCGCGCCGUCUCGGAGCCCGAUGAGAAGCUCCGCGCCCUACGUGAGCUCUUCUCCUCCCUCUCAAGACGCUCACCAGGAAACUCCAAAACACAGGAGUGAAACCAAGAAGGAACAUCAGCGUUUCAGCUAUGCCACCAAGAAAGAGGAAUCCUGCACCCACCCCUACGUCCUUCGGUAUGUCUUUCAAAGUCUCCUAUCAAUCCUACUAUUUCAACACCAGCAACAGGGGGUGGAGCAUUCCAUCCACCCAUAUUCCUUCAUCUAUAUUGAGGGCAACCCCUUCCACAGUUCUGUCAACCAUCAUCACUCAUGCACAUCCCCUCCAGAUGAUCUACAAGGUUCAACAUCUUCUGCACCACCAAAGAAAAGAACUCGUGGCCCUGAUCGAAGUAAGGGCACAAGUCAUUUAAUUAGUGAGAACAAGUUGGAUAUGACUUAUAACAAGGGAGAGCUUCAUCCUUAUGGUGACAAUGCAUCAAGAUUUGCAUCUGAAAUUGGUAUUAUUGUACGAGAUCAUGCCCCACUUAGAGUUAAAGGAUGGAGCAAGAUUGACAAUGGAGAUAAAGAAGUCAUUUACACCCGCAUUAAGGACAAGUUCAACUUAAACUUGAAUGAUACAGAUUUGGUGAACAUCAUCGAUAGCCACUGUUCUAAUCGUUAUAAAAAUCAUCGAAAUAGUUUGCAUGGAUAUUAUAAGAACAUGAUAAAGAAUGGAAAAAAUCCAAGAGCUCAUCCACCUUCAAAAGUGAGAUCAAAUGAGGACUGGGAGUGGCUGUGUGAUAACAUUUUUAGCAACCCACAAUGGCAGAAACGAUCUGAGGCAGCAACCGGUAAUAGAGGUAGACUCACACAUGUUCAUCGAGCUGGAUCCAAGUCUUUUAUCGGACACCGAUCACAAGUGUCAUCUGAAGGUGUUUUUGAGCUUGGACGGAUUGAGUUAUUUAAAGAGACUCAUUGGAAUGCAGCUCAUAGUUGAAUUAAUGAAGAGGCUGAGACAAGAUAUAACCAAAUGGUAGAGCUAAGGCAGCAAGGGGAGGACAAUAAUGAAGUUGUAGAUGAGGUCGCAAUAUGUGCUCAGAUUCUUGGUAGUGAAAGAAAUGGGUAUAUACCAGGUCUUGGACCAAUAACUCGUAAGCAAUCAUCUCAAUCUUCUACUCAAGUUGAGGCACAAUUUCAACAACGUGUUGGAGACAUGGCUGAUCAAAUGCGAAUGGAUUUUCAAAGAGAGCGAGAGGAGAUCACUAUAACAAUCCGGCAACAAUUAAGAAAUGAGCUUCUCGAGGAAGUGCGGAGAGAGAUGAUAGCUCUCAUGAAUGGACCAGAUGAACAUCCUUUCCCAAGUUUUCAAUCGUCACAACAACCACCGCCACCGCCGCCGCCCGCAUCAGCCGUUUGAUAUUUCUUUAUAAGUUCGUUUAUAUUUAGAGAUAUGUUCAACUAUUUAGUUUGAUGUUUAUGUGUUUAGGUUUAUGUUUUUAAAUCUAUAUACUCUAAUUUGUUUGAUGUUUACUUCUAAAAACUCGAACUAUCUAUGAUA